GUUUACGGACCGGUACCGGCCCACCUGCGGCUCACCUGACACCGUCGCUGCUGUGUACUUCAGGGACCUGCGGGUAAGAAGACCCGCGUCUUUCCAACGAGCUUCAAAUGUUCGCAGCGGCUGCUGACAAUAGCGGAUUAACGAGCUUACCGGCGGUUUUAACGACGCUGCGGUGACUGCUUUCUCCUCACUGGCGGAUGUAAACGGCGGCAACAGGCAACCGCAGCAACGACCGGUGUUUUUAACGUGUUUUCCCCUCCGGUUUUCCGGUAGUGACUUUGACAGCUAGCUAACGAUAGCUAGCGAAAACAGGAUGAACAACGGCGGCAGCUCGGCCCGCGGCUGCUCUGGACGUCCUCUGACCGCCGAAUAGCGUCAGGAAAACGUCUGUUUUAAUCCCAGAGAGCUUCAUUUAGUAUUUUCCCGGGUCUGAACAUCGAGUCCCGUCGGUCUGGACUACAGGAGACCUUUGUGUAUUAUUCGGUCCGUUUGUUCUGGAUCAAAGGAGACCUCGGUGGGUAAUUCGGCACUCAGCCCGAACGAUGAGGACUUGAGUACCUGACAAGACCAGGAUCCAGAACCGAGAGCAGCUGACCGCCGGAUAUCAUCCGAGGAUUCAGACUUCAACAGUCAAACAGCUUCACUGAGUUUCCCGUCUCUUUUGAACGUGACUCUGCGUGUCGGAUUGACGGAGACCUCUGUGACAGUUCCCCAGACGAUGGGCACUCAGGGACCGGGCAGGAAAAGGAUCCCGAACCGGGAGAAGCUGACCGCCGAGGAUGAUGCCCUCAACCAGAUCGCACGGGAGGCGGAGGCGAGGCUGGCGGCGAAGCGAGCAGCGAGGGCCGAGGCCCGGGAGAUCAGGAUGAAGGAGCUGGAGAGACAACAGAAGGAGAUCUCAGAUGAUGAGGAGAGGAUGUCUGUGGGGAGCCGCGGCAGCCUCAGGCCUUCAGACUACAGUGGGUUUCUGGGCUCCAGCUCUCGAGCUUCCUCUAGGGCCAGUUCUGCUCGUGCAAGCCCAGUGGUGGAGGAGAGACCUGACAGAGAUUUCCUGGAUAAAGGCUCGAGGACGGCCUCGACUCUGUCAGCCGCCACAUUGGCGUCUCUGGGCGGAGCUUCAUCUCGCAGAGGAAGCUGUGACACGUCGUUCUCUGUGGAAACAGAGGCGUCCAUCAGAGAAAUCAAGGACUCCCUGGUGGAGGCGGAGGACAGGUACCGUAAAGCGAUGGUCUCUAAUGCUCAGCUUCACAACGACAAGUCGACUCUGAUGUAUCAGGUGGACACUCUGAGGGAGGAGCUUAGCGACAUGGAGGAGGAGCUGUGGGAGGCUCGACGACACUGUGACCACACCACAAAGGAGUUGGAGCGGGAGCGUCAGGCUCACAAGGUUCUUCAGUUCCAGUUCAAAGAGAUGAAAGAGACUUUGAAACAGAUGGAGGAGCUGCUGACGAAACACGGCGUCAUUGUCUCACCUGAUGUCUCCACCAACGGGGAGGCGGGACAGGGCGAGGUUGAGAGUGAUGUCAGUGAACAAUCUGACUCCCGAUUGGCAGAGGAGCCGCUUCAUGGCGGCAGAGAGAGCAUGCUGGAGCUGCGGCUGAAGAAAGUGUUUGAGGAGAGAGAGAGUUUACAGGAUCAGGUCAGGCUGCUGAAGUCUCAGCUGGAUCAGAGACAGAGGAAUGGGACCGACGGAGUCCAGAAUCCAGAGGAGGACGAUCUGGAGAAUGGGAUGGACUCUCAUCUUCUGGACCUGCAGAGAGAUACCAACAGACAAAUCAGUGAUCUGAAGUUCAAACUGGUGAAGUCAGAACAGGAAGUUACUGCUCUGGAACAAAACAUCAUCCGUCUGGAAGGUCAGGUGACUCGCUACAAGUCGGCGUCGGAGAGUGCCGAGAAGAUCGAAGACGAGCUUAAGGUGGAGAAGAGAAAACUGCAGAGAGAGCUCCGCUCGGCUCUGGACCGGGUCGACGAGCUGGAGGUCAGUAACAGUCACCUGUCCAAACGUCUGGAGAAGAUGAAGGCCAACCGGAGUGCCCUGCUUGCCCAGCAGUGACGCCCUGUCCUGGGGAUGUCAUCCUCCAGAGAGUCCUGAUCCUGCAGUGGACCGUCUAUGCCAUGUUUUCAUCUCCACCCUGACAGAGACAAUCAGAUCCGAACACAACGUUUUUGGAAGCGCUUGAUUUCACUCUACAUGCAGCACCAGGCGGGUGGAGUUAACUGAGGCAGGCGAAACCAUAAGUCCGUCAGCUGGUCAUGUCUGGAGUGUACCGGUGGAGUCACCACACGGGAUGGUGUGACCACGAUUAAAGUUUGUCUUUGACGCAGGUGAAGAAAUCCUCACCUGAACUCUGUCACAGAAUGUAAAUAUUUCCAUGUUGUCGAAGAAGGUCAUGUGAUGUGAUCCACAGCUACCAAAUGGACCUUUAGGUGAGGAUCAGCCUGAUGUGGUAAACCCCACCCGCCUGGCUGUCAGGGUGCAUUAGAACAAACACUACAUCUGCCUGAUCGAUAUUCAGCUCCUCCAUCUGUGACAUUGUGUCUCAUCGAUACUCAGGGCCGCCGCCUCCCUCCGAGACUGGACUGCAGCAGAGCGACCGCAUCAGACCGGGCCAGACCAGACCAACCUCGAGCGGCAGCAGCUGAGUUCAUUUAGUUUAGUUUCUUCAUGGUUUCUUGUCUCGUUGGCUCAUGUUUCUCUUCUCCAGUGUGUUGUGUGUGAGGAGUUUGUGGCUGGUGUUGGACGAUCCGACUGUUUCCUGAAUGAGACUGUCACAUCAGUGGGACUCACUUCAUACUGAACACCUGACAUGAGUUAAACCAACAAAGAACCAAUGUGCAGCCCUCCCCAUAACCGUGUUAUCAUCAUGUUCAGGUAACAGAAGGGGCGUGGCCAUCUGUGUCCACACACCUGAAUCAGGAAUAUUCCAGAUAAAGUUUGUUUUUCUGACUUUUCAUGGAUGUAAAAUCACCAGCUUGUAAAUGUCUGAAUAUUCAUGUCCGUCAUUAAUCAUCGCUAAAUGAAUGAAUGAAUGAACACGUGAAGAGUUUGGCUCCAAAACAACAUGUUGAUCCUGUAAAAUAGCUUUUAUCAAUACUUCAUUUUACACAGGUAGAAGUGUGUGGUGUGUGUGUCUGUGUGUGUGUGUGUGUGUGUGUUCAUGAGGACACAC